AUGUCCGGUACGAAAUCGGACGAUUCGCUGGAGAAGGGGGCCGCCGAUGACGUGGAACCGGUCAACCGGCGGGAAUCGUUCUCGGCGCUGCGAAGAAGUGAGUAAGAGGGAUUUUGGAGCAUUUCUAGAGCGAAAAACUCCAAUUAUGGAGGGUUUUCGCACCCAAAACCACGGCCGCGGCCGUAGGCACUGUGUUCACGUUGGGUGCGGUAGAGCGCGAAUGCCGCACGUAUUUCAGCAGCAGCAAUAUCUAAUUUUUCUGAUUGCAGACAACGUGGCACCGCGUCAACUGCGCGUGGUCACCCUGAACGCGUGGUGUCUCCCGCAGCCGUGGCCGAUCGGCUCGACCGACCGAAUCCAUCGCCUUCAGAAGAUCGGCGCGGUGAUGCUCGAGGAGAACUACGAUAUUGUCGGUCUGCAGGAGCUGUGGAGUUACUGGGAUUUCGUGCGGCUCAGCGAGCAAGUCUCCUCCGUCUACCCCUUCUAUCACUACUUCCACUCGGGCUUCACCGGCAGCGGCGUCUGCGUCUUCUCACGUCAUCCGAUCGUUUCCACGUUGACGCAUCGGUACUCUCUCAAUGGAUUCGCCCAUCACAUCCAUCGCGGCGACUGGUUCGGCGGCAAAGUCGUCGGAUUGGCGGAAAUCGAAAUGGACGGCGACGUGCGCAUCAAUUUCUAUUCGACCCACCUCCACGCCGAGUACGACCGCGAGAACGACCUUUAUCUGCCGCACCGCACGUCGCAGAGCUUCGAACUCGCGCAAUUCGUGCGGCACACGGCCCGCAGCGCCGACGUCGUCAUCGUGACGGGCGACCUGAACAUGGAGCCGUGCGACCUCGGACUCCGCAUGAUUCUCAGCCACGCGAAACUGUUUGACGCGUGGCGAAUGAGCCACGAGGCGGAUAGUGAUGAGACGGGCGACGCGGAACUGAUCAAGCAUCGUGGCAUUGCGAAGGGCGGCACGUGUGAUCGGCCCGACAAUGCCUACACGAAGAGAGCACUCAAAAAUGUGGUCAGGAGGUUUUUUGUUGGACUUGGAUUGACGUAUUCUGGGUCCAAGUUUCAGACUGAUCCGAUUAUUCUGCUCAGAGAUAUACUGGUUUGAGGGCGGGGCUUUUCGCUAUAAGCAGAAAAGAUUGUAUGCCCUAAGCCCCAAGACGAGAUGAUCCGAUCGGUCCGAAACUUGGAUUACUACCUUGUUUUUCCAUGAGCCAAAACCGCAUCAUUUUCAGGACGAAAGCAAGCGCAUCGACUACAUGCUCUUCAAAUCGGGUCGUUGCAACGUGAAGCUGGAGGAGUGCGAGAUCACGCUCAACCAGAUUCCCGGCGAAGAGAUCAACUACUCGGACCACGUGGGCCUGCGUGCCCGUUUUACCGUCGACGACCGAUUCCGCCACGAAAAGUCGGCCAACUCGUGGGAACCGAAUCGUCCGCUCCUCAUCGAGGCGAUCGGAAUCGUUGCGGGCGGCGAGCGUCGCGCGCGCACCGACCGCACCUUCUUCCUCAUUUUGGCGGCCGUCUGCCUCAUGCUGAUUCUCGGAAGCCUCUUUUUCGACGUCCUCCCCACACUUUUCGCCGUUUUCCGCUUCGCACUCACCGUACUCGCCGUCUUCUUCGUCUGGCAGGGAUUCAUCGGACUGACGUUGGAGCGGAAGGCCCUCAAGGCGGCAAAACAAUCGAUUCAGCAGAUUUUGAACAAUUAG